GAGAAUCAAAUGUUAAAAGAUCUGAAUCCAAGGUAUCCAUUCAACAUCCAUUUAAAGUUGUGAAUACAAGCACUGCAAAUCAUUUUUUCAAAUUAACUUUGUUACUAUGAAAUGGACAAAAUCUAUGUCACUUCCUGUUCCAAUUAGUAGUUACUCUAUUUCAGAUGAUGUGAGAUUCGUAAAUAUAAAAGGAGACACUAAGACCAAGACUUUAAUCAAUGUUGACAAUUAUUUGUUCUAUAAAACAAAGAAGGUAAUGUGUUAUUUUAUAAAAUAAGGAUAAAUUAAAAUGGAUUGAUUUUGAGAAUGCAAUCAUAGAACAAUUUCAUCAUUCAAAAUUUGGUCAUGCCAUACGAUUAAUUAAAUGUUUUGAUAUCGUAGAAAUAUUUUGUGAUGCCUAAUCAUGGUUUAAAUAUUUAAAACGAUAUACAAUUUAAUCUGAUUUCAAUUCUAAUUACAUUUUAAGAAAAAGAAUAGGCAAAGGUCAAUUUUCUGAUGUAUCUCAUUAUAUUAUAUCUAAUACUAGGUUUAUAAGGCAAAAAAUAAAAUGGAUGGUAAUGAAUAUGCAAUUAAGAUAUACUAGAAAUAAAAUUUAUUUGAUGAAGUUGAUAGAGCUGCAAUAUAAAAAUAAAUAUCCGUCCUUAGAAGAUUGUAAUCAGAUUUUACUAUCAAAUUUUAUGAAGUCUUUGAAAACACUGAUUAAAUCUUUGUAGUAUAAGAAUUAUUAAUGGGAGGAAAUUUAAUGGAUUACAUUAUUCGAGAAAAUUUCUUCUCAGAAGAUUAAGCUGCAAAACUUAUCUUUCGAUUAGUAAAAGCUGUUAAUUAUAUCCAUUCUAAAAAUAUUAUACAUCGUGAUAUCAAACCAGAAAAUUUAGUUUUCAGAUUUCAAGAUAAUGUUGAAACUAUUUGUAUUAAAAAGUUUCAAUUAGCUGAUUUCUAUAAUCCUGAUGUUAAUUAUCAUUAUAUAUGUUGUGGUACACCAGGAUUUAUUGCUCCUGAAAUUCUAUUAAAUUAAAAUUAUGAUUAAAAAGUUGAUGUAUUUAGCAUUGGUGUUACAUUAUAUAUUUUAAUGACUGGUUAAAUGCCAUUUGAAGGUAAUUUUGAAAAGAGAUUAGAAUAAAAUGUUGAAGGCUUAGUUGAUUUUAGUAUGAUCAAUUUGAGUAUUCUUGGUAUGAAUUUUAUUAAAACAACACUACAACCUAAUCCCGAAGAAAGAUUAACUUCUCAUUAAUGUUUAAAUCAUUAAUGGUUUGUUUAAGAAUAACUAGCUAAAAUUAAUCAAAUUUCAUUAAAAAAACCAAUCUAAUUACAAAAUUAAUUUAUUGUUAGAAGAAUGAAAUAAGCUAAAACUUUAACUUUUAGUCCAUCUUCUCCUAGAAGUCAAAUUUCAUUACAAAGUCCUCGAUAUCCUAUUGUACAAUAAGAAUAGAAAAAAUAACGUCCUAUUUUAGUUGCAAGUCAAACUGAAAAAAUAAUUGGACCUCAUUCCAGCUCAAAAAGUAUUCAUUUUGAAUAAAUAUAAACUUAACCAACUGAUGAUGAUGAUUAAAAUUAAGAUUAUAGUAAUAUGAAAUCAUCAUUUUAAGAAGGUUAACUUACCUCAGCUAGGAAAAAAACUUAAUCAUUUGUUAUUAAGUCUAACUAAACAUUGAGGAAUUUUAAUGUUUUUAAACCAAAAUAGAAAUGA